AUGCCUAUUCCCAUAGGUUUUGAGCGGGACCAGAUCUACAAAUGUCUGGGAGAUCGACUAACAAAAUUGGAGGUAGAUCGCUCCAAAGGCGAAAUCGAGCGCAUGUUCACGGAACUGCAGCAAAAGAACGCCGACCUCGAGUUGCGAUGUCGCCGACUCGAAGACCAAAUUAAUAUACUCCACCGUGCGCUUGUCGAGUUGCAGAAUGAAAAGAUCUGGCUCGAAAUCCGGUUUGCUUGGAUGUUGUUUCCGCGUAGACUGGAUUCAGAGAAACGGCCAGACUUCACCACUCGAAUGCGUACUCCAAGCCCGGACCGCAUGUCACAAGCAAGCGACAACGAGCAUGGAAGCUGGCUGCAAGAAGAAGACGGAGGACCCAUCAAUUCUAUUUGUAUACAGGAAGCAACCGACUCCGUGCACUCCUCCACGACAAAUGAUCGACCUGCUUAUACCGGCUUUAUGCCUCCCAGAAUGAGCCCGUUCUGCAAAGACGAAUUCGCUUUACACGGAUGCCUUGAACACGUACGAGAGGUAAAAUCCUUACCACUGCUUCUCAUUCGUGCCCUAACAAGUGAUGGGCAUUCGGAUAUGCGGUAUAAGAUGUCCAUACAGCAAGUCACCUUGGCCCAUUACUUCGAAGACACUGAUAUCUCUAACCAAAGUCUCAGAAACUCCCUUGGAUUUAUCAUCACUUCCUCUGACGCAUUUGUGAAAGAGGAGAGCUCAGAGGAGACAGUUGUCAUGAUUCGACUCCAGUUAAUAAUUCAAGAACGAGUGCAGGGCAAGAAAACAGGGAAGAAGAGUGGUGAUGGGCCUGUACGACAGUGGAGGAGUCGCAGGAACAAUCUGACAAAGAUCUUGAAUCGCAACAGCGAGCUCAUCGUCCAUCUACCGGAUGGGUAUUUUUACCUUGGCACGUUCUCUGGUCAGGGAAUCACAGUCUUGAACUGCGAUGAAUUUCAGGCCCUCGACCUACCGGUAAGAGAGGCCGUCAUUCGCGCGACCGCAGGAAAUGUCGCAAUGACUCUCAAGCUUUUCGAAGAGAUAUCCUGCGCAUACUCGUUGGGCAAGCUGCUUGCAUGCCGGGUCGCGCUGAAGAAAACAGGAUUCAAUGACGCCUUGGCCGGUGCCUUGCGCACAGCCCACUAG